AUGAAAAUUAUACACACUACACCACCACCGAUAACAGCAACAAUACUUUCGUUUCCAAAUACCGUUCUUUUCUUCCUUUUUCUUCUCAUCGCACUAGUUCCUAGUUUUAGUCUCGCAGACCGUGGUUAUGACGAUGAAGUGGUUGCCUCAGACCCGGAGCGCAUUGUGCGAGAAUCUGCCCCAUUAUGGCUCCUACCUCAGGGAACAUGCAUUCCCGACUCCGCCGUCGACAAGGACGGAGUACAAAAUAAUGGAACUGAUACCGACCUUUGCCGGCUCUACGGUUCUCUCGAUACUGGUUGCCCCGAUCAAGCUCCUUUCGACGGGCCUUACACCAAAUCAACCGCUUUCCCAACAUACUACCAUUUCAGAUACUGUCCCAACGUAAAUCAAAUCAGGAUCCUUUAUGAUAUGUACUAUCCUAAGGAUACAGGUCACAGACAUGAUUGGGAAUGGGCGGUCGUUACCUUCAAACAAAAUAUUAUCACCGACUGGCGCUGGCACCGUGAACAGCUCAUCCUUCAAAAUGAAGGGACUAACAGCGUUUUCCCAUGGGCUGAUAUUCCCGAAGCUUACUCCGAAGGUGAUAACUUCCGCAAUAACGCAGGUCCUAACGGUGAUCACCCAAAGCUCUAUGUUGGAAAGUUUCAUCAUUCUGUGCAUACGGACCCUUACACUUCCAUAUUUUCAAAGUAUAAAUGUGCUUUUAAUGCAGCACCGGUGUAUGGGAAUUGGGAUUAUAGAGACUCUGACUACUAUUUUCCCGCGCAAGAAUGGUUAGUAAACGGUGAUUCGAUCCGGAAGGACUGGACUUGGGGGACGUCGGAUAGCCCACCGCCUGCUUUCUUUAGCGAUGGGGGUUAUGACAUUUGUUAUUUGAGGGUUGAUGCUACUUCUUAA